AUGGAAUCGGAAUGUUUGGCGCCAGAAUGGGGAUCUCAACCUUGCGUCAUGGGAAUCGACGAAGCCGGGAGGGGUCCUGUUCUAGGACCAAUGGUAUAUGGAUGCUUGUACUGCCCCAUUUCCUAUCAGACUUCUCUGGCUUCCCUCCAUUUUGCAGAUUCAAAGACUCUAAAAGAAGAGAAGAGAGAAGAGUUAUAUGAAAGUUUGAAGCUUGACAAGUCAAUUGGAUGGGCUGUUGAUGUCAUUGGUCCCAGGGAACUCUCAGCUAAUAUGCUCGCAAAAAACAAGAUCAAUUUAAAUGAGAUUUCACACAACUCCGCAAUGGGGCUCAUCAAAAGAGUACUAGACAUGGGAGUUCUUCUUACAGAGGUGUAUCUAGAUACAGUGGGAGAUCCUGAGAAGUACAGAGUAAAACUGUGUGAGAGGUUUUCUUCGAUCAAGUUUGUCGUUUCGAAGAAAGCAGACAGUUUAUAUCCUGUUGUUAGUGGGGCAAGUAUUGUCGCUAAGGUGACAAGAGACAGAGCGUUGAGGGGAUGGUUGGUAGAGGAAACCGGAGAAAACAUAAACAGAAACUUUGGUUCUGGUUAUCCUGGAGAUCCAGAGACAAAGGCAUGGUUAGAGCAACACAAACAUUCUGUGUUUGGAUUUCCAUCGCUGGUCCGGUUUAGUUGGGGGACUUGCACUACACAUUUGAAGAGCGAGGUUGAAGUUGCUUGGGAAUCAGACGAAACUGAAGAGAAUGGUUUUGGAAAUAGUAGCAAGCGACAGGCGAAACUAAGCAGGUUUGGGUUCACAAACAAAAGCGAGAGUAGGAGCGAAGAGAUCGAAUCGAGUGGAAAAGGGCGAUGCAAAUUUCUCCAGGCUCGCAAGAUCCAACAAAUCACUCAGUUUUAG